AUGAAGGACAUUUCAUCCCAGCCCCCGAGCAACAGCAACAACUCCAGACACGCCUCCAUCGUGGAGAUGCUCUCCACGCCUCCGGCCAUCCCUCAGCAGCCUCCCUCAAACGUCGAACUCGAGGCUAUUUCCCUGUCGCGCACUGGCAGCAGCGCGUCCCUUGACUCACAGAUGAGCGCGACCACCUCCUGUCUCACCAAGGUGCACACGCAGAAAUGGCAGCACAUCCCGCUCUCGCAGCUUAUCGAGCAAAACAAGCUGAUCUUCGUCGACGCGGCGAUUUCUGUGGAAGAGGCCUUCAACACCUUGGUGCGCCACAACCUCACAUCCGUGCCGGUCGAGCAGUUCCCGGGCGACAUGAACUGCUUCACAUUUGACUACAAUGACUUGAACUCCUACCUGCUUCUGGUGCUCAACAAGAUUCAGGUAAACGACCCCCAGGUUGCACGCGACUGCCAAAUGGGCAAGCCUGUGCCUGUGGGGAAGAUCGUGAAGCUGACGCCGAAAAACCAAUUCCACAAGCUGCGCGAGGUCGACAACCUCACCACUGCCAUGAGCUUACUGGGAUCUGGGGUACAUCGCGUUGCUAUCACCGACCCUGCCUCGACUCAAAUCAGAGGUGUUCUUUCCCAGAGACGCCUGACUAAGUAUCUGUGGGACAACGCCCGCCAGUUCAGCAACCUGCAGCCGCUGCUCAACUCCAGCUUGAAGGAGCUGGGUAUCGGGGUUCUGAACUCCCACACAGCUCCUACCAGCAGACAAUCGCGCGUGAUCUCUAUCCAAGGCGAGGAGCAGCUCAUAAUGGCCCUUUUCAAGAUGCAUACUGAGCGGAUUUCAUCCAUUGCCGUUGUUGACCACCAGGGGAACCUUCUGGGCAACAUCAGUGUCACGGACGUUAAGCACGUAACCAGAACAUCCCAGUACCCCCUUCUACACAACACCUGUCGCCACUUCAUUUCAGUGAUUCUAAACUCCCGUGGCCUGGAAAUGGGCAAGGACUCAUUCCCUAUUUUUCACGUUUACCCAUCCAGUUCUCUAGCAAGGACUCUAGCAAAGCUGGUCGCAACUAAGGCGCAUAGACUAUGGAUAGUCCAGCCUGAAAACUCUGGCUCCUCAGCUUCCUCUUCUUCCCUGGCGGCGCCCUCACCACAGUCCAUCCCAAUCAGUACACAGGCCAGCAGCAGCAGCGAUCAUGAAAACUCCGGUAGAUCCGGUUCUCCUAUAAGCGUCAAGAGCUUGGAGGAGUCUUCGCCUACUACAAGCACGCCGCUUUUUGAAAAGGAAUAUCGUACUGGAAAGCUUAUUGGUGUGGUCUCCCUCACCGACAUUUUAGGGCUGCUGGCCAGGAGGCAGACUGAGCACACACAAGUAGAUCCCCAAGCUGCCAGAAGACAGAGAGGAAGUGUAGGUGUGUAA